AUGAAGUGAGUUUUUUCUAUAAUUAAUUUUAGACUAAACCUAAAAUUAAUUUCAGAUUGGAUAUUGAUGGACUGCGCGUUUUAUUUCCGUAUGAUUACGUGUAUCCGGAACAGGUUUUGUAUAUGCAAGAGGUGAAAAAAGCGCUUGAUGCGAAGGUUUGUUCAUUUUUUGAAUUUUGGGCUGAAAAUGAGGGGUCUGGAAUUUUUAGCGCGAAAUUUGGAAGUGGAAGAAAUAAUGAAAUAAAUUUUUCCCGAUUUUCAAAAUAAUAAUAAUUUUGAAACAGUGAAACUUUUUUAAAAAAUUAAGUUAAAAAAAUGUACUUCGAAGCUGAAAAUUUUGGCAAUUUUCAGUUUUUUUGAUUUUUGAGGUAAAUUUCAACGAAGAUAGUAUUGAAAGUAACAUUUCAAAUUCUAAAAAUAAUUCAUGAAAUUUUGAAAUAGUGAAAAAAAUUUUAAAAAAUAUGGGAUCAAAAAUUUUUUAGCUAAAAUCAUUGAAGAUUUCUGGAAUUUCGAAAUUUUGCUUUCUCAAAAAUUUUCUAGUAGACCAUUUUUAUCUGAAAAUGAUUGAACCAUAGAAAAUUUGGAAGUUUUCAGUUUUUCUUGAUUUUCAGAGCUGAAUGUUGAUGAUGAUAAUACUAACAAAUUUUCCCAUUUCAAAAAAAUAUUUCACAAAAUUCUGAAACAGUGAACAUUUUUCAAAUCAAAAUUUUUGACUAAACUUCAAAUCACCAAAUUUGCAGGGACACGGAUUGCUCGAAAUGCCAUCCGGCACCGGAAAAACAGUAUCAUUGCUCAGUUUAGUCUUGGCCUAUAUGCUACAAUAUCCGGAUAAACUCGACAAACUCGUCUAUUGUUCGCGAACAAUUCCAGAAAUCGAGAAAUGUGUGGAAGAAAUGCGAGUGCUUUAUGAUUAUUACGAAAAAGAGACGGGACAAAAAGUGCCGAAAAUUACGGUUGCAAUGUCGGCGAGAAAGAAUUUGUGCAUUAAUGAGGAAGUUGUUGCGCAGAGAUUUGGUGAGAGGAUUUUUGAGGAGAUUUUGAGUUAGGAAAAAUAUGAAAUCUUGAAUUCUCUGCCAUUUUUUUGAGUAAAAAAGUUGGAAAAUUGGAUAAAAAUUAAAUAAAUGUAUUAUUUUUUUUGGAAAAUUUCAGUUUUUUUCCUAUUUCUUCGCUUGUUUUCAAAAUUAUUGAAAAUAGAUUCUGAGAAAAUUUGAAAUCUUAAAAUCUAAAUUUCAAAAGCUUCAAGAAAAAUUGAAAAUCUAAAUUUUCAGAGAUUUUUUCUGUAAAAAGUCUGCGAAAAAUCCUUCCAAAAUUUUUGCUGAAAAACCUAACCCCUCAAUUUUCGCAGGCACCGCAGUCGACAGCGCUUGCCAAAAACUAACAGCCUCAUUUGUUCGCGCCAAACGAACCCUCGAUCCAUCGAUUUCCUCCUGCGCAUUCUACGAAAAUCUCGAACAAAACAAUUUUCAAGUUCCGGAUGGAGUUUGGAAUUUGGAGGAUUUGCGAAAAAUGGGACGAGAAAGAGGUGUUUGCCCGUAUUUUGUGGCGAGACAAACUAUUAAUAAAGCACAUAUUGUUGUUUAUUCAUAUCAUUAUAUUUUGGAUCCCAAGAUUGCUGAAUUGGUUUCCAAGGAUUUUAGCAGAAGGUUGGUUAUAAAAAAUUUGGUUUUCUAGGCCAGAUUUUCUCAAAAAGAUCCUUUUUGAUCCAAUAUUUUUGUUUUUUUGGCUAAAUUUCUGAUCCUAGGAAUUAUUUAAAAUUAAGAAAUAAACAAUUUUAAGGAAAUUUUUCAAAAUAAAUUUAUAAAAUUCUAUGUUUUUGCAGAUCGUGUGUUGUUUUCGACGAAGCUCAUAACAUUGAUAAUGUUUGCAUCGAAUCAAUGUCCGUCGCAAUUUCGCAGAAAAACACGGAUAGAGCGAUUCAAGAGUUAUCGAAACUCGAAACAACUGUAAAUCGUCUCAAAGAAUCAAACGCCGAAAAAUUGCAAUAUGAAUAUGAUAAACUCGUGGAGGGAUUGAGGCGAACUGAAAGAGAACGAGCGAAUGAUGAAAGAUUGGCGAAUCCAGUUCUACCGGAUCAGAUUUUGCAAGAAGCGGUUCCGGGAAAUAUUCGACAGGCUAAUCAUUUUAUAUUGUUUUUGAAGAGACUUGUUGAAUAUGUGAAACAUCGAUUGAGAACACAUCAGGUUCUUAUUGAAAGUCCUGCCGCAUUUUUGAAGGUAAGGGAGUUUUGACUUUCAAAAGCGAGAAAAAUUAUCUGUGAACCCAAGAAAACGAAUUUACAGUUUACAUAAUUCGAAUCUGAUUUUCAUAAUAAAAUUAUUUUGAAACCUAUUCCCAAAUAAUAUUAAAAUGUGAAAUUCAUGGUGAUUUCUUCCUGAAACCGUGAAACGUACAAAAUCCCAGUUUUUGCACAAAUUUUCAAAAAAAAAAUAUUUUUAAUUAAAAUGACGUAGCAAACUUGCUUAUUAGAAAUAAUAGGCUAAAGGUUAGUUAUAUUUCAAUUUUGCCGCGAAAUUCCAAUUUUUAAAAACUGGAUUCACAAUCAGCUAUGGAUACUGUAAAGUUCCAUUUUUCAAGAAUUUUAUACGUUUCAUGGUUUUUUCUUUACAGUGAAGGUGAAAUUUUGGUUUAAUAGGUCUCGUGUAAACAUCAACAAAAAAAUCUCACUUUUCAUUUUCUUCAGGAUAUCCAUGAAAGAAUGUGCAUUGAAAGAAGACCUCUUCGAUUUUGCGCCGAAAGAUUGUCAAACUUAUCGAAAACCCUGGAAUUAGCCGAUGGAAGUGAUGUUUGGGCAUUAUCUCAGAUUUCAACACUUGCCACACUGGUUUCCACAUAUUCGAAAGGUUUUUCAAUAAUUGUUGAACCAGCGGAAGGUAGUCAAUCAGCUACAAUAACUCUAAGUUGUCAUGAUGCAUCAAUUGCAAUUCGGCCAGUUAUCUCAAGAUUUCAAUCAGUUAUCAUUACUUCGGGAACCCUUUCACCACUUGAAAUGUAUCCCAAGGUUUUGGAUUUUGAUCCUUCUGUCAUGGCAUCUUUCACAAUGACCCUAGCUCGACCAUGUUUGAGUCCAUUAGUUGUUGCAAGAGGAAAUGAUCAAGUUGCGAUGACUUCGAGAUUUGAGCAAAGAGCCGAUGUGGCAGUUAUUCGAAACUAUGGAAAUCUAGUGCUCGAAAUGGCUAGUUUAGUGCCAGAUGGUAUGGUUGUUUUCUUCACGAGCUAUUUGUAUAUGGAAAAUGUGAUUGGUGUUUGGUAUGAGCAACAUAUUAUUGAUGAAUUGAUGAAGUAUAAAUUGUUGUUUAUUGAGACGAAUGAUGCGUUGGAAACAUCGGUUGCAUUGGAGAAAUAUGUGGAGGCUUGUGAUAGUGGAAGAGGAGCUUGUUUGUUUUCGGUGGCCAGGGGAAAAGUUUCGGAGGGAAUUGAUUUUAGUCAUCAUUUGGGUGAGGAUUUUUAUGUUUUUUUUUUUAAAUUAAAUUUGGGGGAAAAACAAACCUGAAUUCAAAUUUCGGACUCAAAUUCUGAGUUUUCGCUAAAAAUCUUCAACUUUAGUAAUUUAUUAAUAAAUUUGCCUGAUAUUCAAAAGUUUAGAGAGCAAAUCAUUCAAUUUAAAUAAUUAAUUAGUCUUAUUACCAUACUUUAAAAUCGCCCACCUUUUUCAACAAAAAAUUGGUGGCUUUCGAUUUAAUCAUAUCAUUUUUUCCCUUCGUCGCCUUAAUAUUUUGCCAUUUCGAAUGUCCCUUUAAAUCUACAGUACUCGUUGAUACCAUUCGCAUAAUUGAAGGCGAUUUUACGAUACAAUUUGAGCUAAAUCGAGCUAACGAAAACAUCCUGAAAUUUGGGGAAAAGUAGGAAUGUCCCUUUAAAUCUACAGUACUCGGCAAUUUGACGAUAUAAUUUGAACUAAAUCGAGCCGACGAAAACACACUGAAAUUAUAAUUUCAAAUUGUUUUUUUUUUCAAAAAACAAAAUUGAUUUUCCCUCAGGUCGUUGUGUAAUAAUGCUUGGAAUUCCAUACAUGUACACGGAAAGUCGAAUCCUCCGCGCACGUUUAGAAUAUUUGAGAGAUCAAUUCGGCAUCAAGGAAAACGAUUUUCUGACUUUUGAUGCAAUGCGACACACGGCUCAAUGUAUGGGAAGAGCACUCAGAUCGAAAACCGAUUAUGGAUUGAUGAUUUUUGCCGAUAAACGAUUUUCGAGACAAGAUAAACGCGGGAAAUUGCCGAGAUGGAUGCAAGAGUAUUUGGAAACUGCGUCGACGAAUUUGAGUAUUGAUGAAGCUGCGCAGGUUGCGAGAAGGUAGGGGGAUUUUUUUCGAAGUUUUGAAAUUAAAUUUUCUGCGCUGAAAAUCAAUAAAAAAUUAUUUUUCUAGAGCUAAAUUCCACGUGUCAAAAAAUUUUUUCCUCUAAAUCCGUAUAUUUUUUAUUCUGAAAAUUUUCCAACAGAAUCCUCAAAAUUUGUCAAAAAAUUUAUCAGAAAAAAUCAGAAGUUUUUCUAGAACCACUACUAAAAUUACACGAAUUACAGUGUAUAUUUGAAGCUUGCCAAAAUCACUCUGAAAAUCCUUAACUAUUUCCAGAUGGUUAACUCUAAUGGCUCAACCAUUCACAAAAGAAGAUCAACUCGGCGUCUCUCUUCUCAAUUCUCAAAUGUUGGAUUCGCAAUCAAUGAAAAAAUUCGAGAGAGUUGUUGAAUAUAUUGAUUGA